AUGCUAUUCCUGACUAGUAUUAGACAUCUCGACGACAACCACCAAAACCUCGUGGUCGAGGAGCAGGAUGAAGUCAAGAACUGGUUCGAGGCGCAGAUGCACAAGGCGAAGAAGUUCCAGCCUCUCGCAGUGCUCAACCAGAAGCUAAAAGGACUCGAUGUCUUCGAAUCCAACGAUGCCCCUACGCCGCCUCAAAUCUCCCACUCCGCUAGCAGUUCGACUGCCCACGUCGCCUACGAGCCCGCGCCCGUACGCCGAGACCCAGAGGAGGAAGUCACGCGAGCACAUUGGCAGAGGCCUGGAUACCGCGAUGUAUGUUCAGACCCGGUCUGCGCAAGACCUAUCACUGCAUCACAAAUGGCACUAGGCGGGAACCAGCCAGCGGUGAACUGCAGGCAGUGUGGAAGGCUAUUCUGCGAGGAACACACCAUGUACCAGAUGAAGUUGUCGCGGCAGGCCAAGCAUGACCCCGUCAGAGGCAUCUGGUGCCGAGUGUGUGAGACAUGUUACAAGUCAAGAGACGGUUACAACGACCACCACGGCUUCGAGCGCGACCACUUCGACGAGUUUGCCAACAUCAGACGGAAACGGGUGGACAGGGAGCGCAUGGAGGUCAGCAGGCUUGAAAAGCGCCUCACCAAGUUGACACAGCUCCUCGCCAACCCACCGCCAAUAGAAGACACACCGACUACAGGGGGCUGGUUCUCCUCAUUGGCAGGGGUCAAGAAUCAUCGCAAAGCUCUGGAGCAAUCCAUUAUAACUUGGGAGGAAGACGCGAAAGUGGCCAACUGCCCCUUCUGUCAACAAGAAUUCUCCACAUACACCUUCAGAAGAUCCCACUGUCGCAUGUGCGGGCGCGUAGUCUGCAGCGACCCGAAGACUGGAUGCUCCUCGGAGAUAGGCCUCAACGUCGAUGCCAGCGCGCAGAAGACUGAAAAGGAUGCAGGCCAGAUGAGUAUUGACGUGCGCAUGUGCAAAGACUGUCAGCACACGUUGUUCGCUAGAGGCGACUUUGAGCGAGAGCUAGCCGAUAAGCCCAAGGACCAGCGUGCAUACGAGAACCUUGCGCAGUUUGAACGAGGUAUCCGUUUACUUCUCCCACGCUUCCAUAAACUAUUGCAAGCGCUUCAAGACCCGGAUAAGUCGCCUACACCGCAACAGUUGACCGACGCAACCAAGGUGCGGAAACGAUUAAUGGACGGCUUUGCACAGUUCGACGUGGCCGCGAAACGCAUACGAGACCUACCUACCGACUCGCCGACACAACAGAAGCUACAGAGAGCAGUAUAUCAGCAAGCUUACAGCUUCUUGAGCUUACACAUGUUGCCGCUAAGAGCCUUACCGAAGAUCCUCAAGCAUGCAGCUCCGCAGGGUCGAUCCAACGGAGGCGGUGCUCUUGCCUCGAUCAAGUACAACGAUCGCUCCACAGGUAGUGUUGUGAGCAGUAGCGAGGUUUCCGCAAUGGAGUCGGAAGAGAAGGAGCUAAGAGAACGACUAAUUGUGCUUGAGGAACAAAAGUUCAUGGUAUCCGAGAUGGUCGCAGAUGCCACUAAACACCGGCGAUUUGACGAAGUCUCGAGCUUGGCCCAGAACUUGGAGGACUUGAAUAAAGAGAUUGACCACAUCAAUGGCCAACUUGGACAAUUGGACUUUGCGAGUGCGUACCAGGGAGGUAUGGCUAGUCCACAACCUGGAUGA